UACUAUUUAAUGGAAUUUAUUGAUUUGUAUUGAUCGUAACUAGUUAAGAAAACCUUAGUAUGGGAAACAGUUUUGGUUCUGCUGUUAUCGAGGAUGUGUCAAAAAUGGAUGAACCUUGAAAGCAUGUCUUCUACUAGUUGUGGUCUAUUGUGUUGUUUAUGAAGUUGAUUAAAAGUUCAAAAGUGGCUGUGGACGAGCAAUAAUUAAUAGAUUUCGAUAAAAAUAGAGUUCAUUGAAGAACAGGAAACGCUGUUAACGACGAUGGCUCUGUACGAUAACAAGUACUGGCUUUUAUCUCACAUCAGGAAUUCCUUCAUAUCAACAGAUGACACAGGAAUGUGUGAGCUGGUGAUGGUUGGAGAGAAUUUGCCAGAUUCCCUUGUGGAUGCUUUGGAUAAAUACCCGGAUACUGAUGAUAGCCAAGAGGAAGAUGAUGAGAUUGAGCAUGAAUCUUAUGAUAUACAAUUGGAUUCAGAUUUUAAUGUAAGGAAGUUUGGCUCCAACAUGUCCUCUUGGAUGGAGAAGAUGGAUCAAAAGCGUAAGAGAGCAGGAAGAAGCAAAAAUAUCAAGUGGGAAUCAAAUGCUGAGAAGAUGAGUGAUGAGGAUAGGAUGAAAAUGUUUGCCAAGCAGGAAAUACCAAAGGAACAACCAGCAUUCAAGUCCUUGCUCUCUGAACAAAUACAGAACUGCAUUAGAAUGCCAAAGAACCCUUUUAUGGAGUACUCAAAGUUUGAUGGAAGUGCCCAAGUUGGAGUACCUGUCAGAAAGUACAAAAUAUUUCUGACUAUGCUUCCUGAAAACCAAAAGAACUAUCCAAUGCUUGUCGUUUGUGUGGCCACAGCCAAAAUACAAGAGCUCAUUGGUCUGAUUUGUUACAAGUGCAGUUCCAGCAUAGUUUACGGUGAUUUCCCGUUGCAGCCCGUCUCAAGUUAUGGGCUGUACAUCACGGAAGAAGAUGGCGAGGUGGACAGGGAUUUUCCAUGUUUGGAUGCCAAAGAGUGCGUAGCGAAGUUCGGUUUUACAUGUUUAGGCCUCGUCGAGCACAAGAACAACAAAAUAGUGACAUUCGAGAAUUCCGAGCAACUCGUCAUGCGGAAUCUCGAGGAGACCUUAAGCUCCUCCGAACAAGCCUCUGCAGCUCUUGAUGAAAGCAAACAAUUGAUAGUUGAUAUGGAACUGAUGAAGGGUCAUGAGAUUGCCAUGAUUGCUCCCCUUUACCAAUCUUAUAGAGCAUUCAUCAUAACUAAAAUGAGGUCUAAGGUGGAGAUACAUUUGGGCAUAAGUGGGGAGAAAUUGGAGAUAGAUCCUGUCCAUCAGAAAAAUGCAAAAUUUGUUUUAUCUAGGCAAAAACCAGUUAGCCACCACAUGGAUUGCAUUGGAUCCUGCAUAAUCACAGAUACAAAGUCCAGCAAGACCACCUUCCGAAUAGAUUAUGUCUCAGUUCCAGGCAACAAAGAGAUUGUUGGCAGUAACAGUCUACCAAGUAAUGUUAGCAUGAAGCACUAUGACUUUGAAGCAGACAAUGCCACUGCUGAGGAAAUAGUGCAGAAGAUGAAUAUCAUUCUUGACAUUCGGUCCAGCACCAGCAGAAAAGAGUUUAUAGCUACAUUAGAGAAGAAAAAGGAGAAGAAGGGUUUUGUAUAAGAAAAAAGCUUUAAUUUUAA